GAAUGCACAAGUUCUCAACUUGGGAAGGACAGAGCUGGCUGGGGGGUGCCUCAGACCCGGGGUUUCCAAAACUUUUUAAAUUGUUUAUCUUUUCUCCAUAAAACAUCUCUUUCACUUAAUUUCCAAUAAAUGUGUAUUUGCGUUUUAUACAUAUACUAUUAUACUAAAUAUUAGCUUGAUUUCUUAUUUUAAACACAAAACAAAAAUGUUUUCUCCCCUUCCAAUUGUCUUGCUCACCUCCCACUGGGAAAGCACUUCUGUAGGCUGAGCCAUUCUUACACCUGAGUGCCCCCUCACCUGCACCCUGCUUGUUUCCCCUUUUGGCUCAUUUCCUACCUGGAGGCUUUCUCUCUGGUACCUCCCCAGGUAGGCCCUGACUUUGUUUUGUACAUUCUGUGUGUGCCGCCCCAGAACCCUGUCUGUACUGUACUCACAUGAAGCCUCACUGCCUACUGGGCAGACUGUUUCUUCGAGUCCUGGUUUCAUCAUCUGUAAAAUAGGGAUGAGAGUAUCCACUCUAACGUAUUACCUUGUUAAUGGAAGAAGGUGAGGCACAUAAAGAACAACACAGAACUUACUCCAUCAAAGGUACUGCGUCAGUGAUAACUUUGCCAUCGCCCUAUCCAGCUGGAAUAUAUGACACGAGAGGACCCAUACCCCCACACCCGUCAGUUACUGAGGCCCCGCCCCCGGCCCUCUGUGACGUCAGAAAGCCCGCUCCUGCCGGCUCUCUGGCUUGGCGGGUUAGAGGCCCGCUUUGGUCUGGGAAACGCGUGCGGGUUGUCUGGGGCCAUGAGGAAGCUUGCCGCCGGCUUCCUUCUCUCACUCCUGAAGGUGCUGCUCCUGCCUCCAUCAACUACCCCAGCCCAGGAUUCAAUUUCAGCCUCCACUCCGGGCAGCCCUCUCUCUCCCACCGAAUAUGAACGCUUCUUCGCACUGCUGACCCCUACCUGGAAAGCAGAGACUACCUGCCGGCUCCGUGCAAGCCAUGGCUGCCGGAAUCCCACCCUUGUCCAGCUGGACCAAUAUGAGAAUCACGGCUUGGUGCCUGAUGGCGCUGUUUGCUCCGACCUCCCUUAUGCCUCCUGGUUUGAAUCCUUCUGCCAGUUUACUCAGUACCGUUGCUCCAACCACGUCUUCUAUGCCAAGAGAGUCCGAUGCUCCCAACCAGUCUCAGUUCUCUCACCUAACACUCCCAAGAGGAUAGACUCUUCUGCUGAAGUCCCACCCACCACCGUGACCUCCCCCAUGUCAUCACACCUCACAGCUGCAGCCACAGAGCAGCAGGCCUUCCAGUCCUGGCCCGAGCGGCUCAACAGCAAUGUCGAAGAGCUGCUGCAGUCCUCCCUUUCCCUGGGAGGCCAGGAGCCAGGGUCAGAUCACAAGCCAAAUCCAGGGCAGGAACACAAGCAGGAGGAGGAAGGGCAGGAGCAAGACAAGCAGGAGGAAGAGGAGCAGGAGGAGGAGGGGAAGCAGGAGGAAGGAGAGGAGACAGAGGAGGGACUGGAGGCCACGUCUGGGCUGCAGACAGACUCACAGCCCAAGUUCCAGGCUGAAGUUUUAUCUUCCAACCCUUUUUCCUUCACUCCCCGGGUGCGGGAAGUGGAGACUACACCUGUGAUGAUGGAGAAUAUUCAGGAGCUCAUUCGAUCUGCCCAGGAAAUGGAUGAAAGGAAUGAUGUGUAUGAUGAGGACUCCACGUGGAAAAGCCAAAACUCUGGCAGCCUCCUGCAGCUGCCCCACGUGGAGGCUUUGCUGGUGAUGUGCUAUUCCAUUAUGGAGAACAGUUGCACCAUGACCCCCACAGCCAGGGCCUGGCGGCACGUGGAGGAUGAGAUCCUUGGUUUCGGGAAGACGGUCUGUGACAGCCUUGGACGGCAGCAUAUAGCUACCUGUCCGCUCUGUGACUUCUGCUCCCUGAAGCUGGAGCAGUGCCACUCAGAGGCCAACCUACAGCGGCAGCAGUGUGACAGCUCCCACAAAACACCCUUCAUGAGCCCCUUGCUUACAUCUCAGAGCUUGUCCGUUGGCAUUCAGAUGGGGACUGUACAAUCGGGCCGCUUUUAUGGGAUGGAUUUUUACGGCGGUCUCCGCAUGGACUUUUGGUGUGCCCGGCUAGCCACAAAGGGCUGUGAAGAUAAUCGAGUUGCCAGCUGGCUCCAGACUGAGUUCCUUAGCUUCCAGGAUGGGGAUUUUCCUACCAAGAUUUGUGACACAGACUAUGUGCAGUACCCAAACUACUGUGCCUUCAAAAGCCAACAGUGUCUGAUGAGAAACCGGGAUAAGAAGGUGUCCCGUAUGAGAUGUCUGCAGAACGAGACUUACAGUGUCUUGUCUCCAGCCAAAAGCGAGGAACUUGUGCUUCGAUGGAGCCAGGAGUUUAGCACCUUGACUCUAAGCCAAGCCGGAUGA